GCGGGGUGCAGUGUCAGUGUUCUGCCAGCAGGCGCGCCACAUGGACAAGGGAAGGAACAACUGCAGAGUAAACAGUGAGCAUUUCAACACCAAGCUGUACAGCAAACUUGGGGAAAGCCGCCCUUGAAGGAUAUUAUUUAACCAAGAAUCACUGUCAAGAACUGCCUGCUGAUUCUCUUCUCUGUAAAUACUGAAACCAAUCAACCUCACAAUGUCAGCGGACAGCCAGCUCAACGUCGACACUGCAGACGACAACAAACUGGUGAAACCAAAGCUAGAGUUCCAGUCAUUGCUGCAACACGCCGGAGCCACUAAAGACACUUUCACCAUGAAGGAGGUGAUGUUUUACCUGGGUCAGUACAUCAUCCAGAAGCAGCUGUACGACCAGAAGCAGCAACACAUCGUCCACUGCUCCCAGGAUGCACUGGGGCGGGUCCUGGGGGUCGACAGCUUCUCUGUUAAAGAGCCACGAGUUCUGUUCGCUAUGAUCACCAAGAACCUUGUGGCGAUUAAAACUCAAGAGUCUCCACCAAGCCCCAGUGAACCCCCCAGUGAGACUCAGACAGACAAAGGGACAGAGGAGGCAGAUUCAGAAAACUGCUCUUCAUCACCCGAGAGACGAGGAAGACGAAGAAGGAGGAGGAGGAGGAGGAGCAGCGGCAGGAGCAGCGACGCUGGACCCUCACACAGCGCAGAGGGUGAUAAGGCUGAGGAGGAGGAGGAGUCAGGGGAGGAGGAGGAGGAAGAAGAGGAAGAAGGGAGGAAGAGGAGGCGAUCCGACAGCUACUCCCUGACAUUUGAUGACAGUCUGUCGUGGUGUGUGAUUGGAGGACUGAAGGACAUGCACAGCAGCCAAUCGUCCGACUCAAACAGCACCUCCGGCAGGUCAGAGAUCACGGUGGCAGCCUCAGACUCGGAGAGCGACAACUUCAGCGUGGAGUUCGAGGUCGAGUCCGUCGACUCGGACGACUACAACGAAGACAACGCCUCUCUGGUGUCCGCAGACGACCAGGUUUAUGAGGUCACCAUAUUUGAAGCGGAGGAUAGCGACUCCUUUGAUGAAGACACAGAGAUCACUGAAGCUGAUUACUGGCGCUGUGUGAAGUGUGACGAGUUGAACCCACCUCUGCCCAGAAACUGUCUGCGCUGCUGGGCGCUGCGUCAGGAUUGGCUGUCUGACGCGUCACUCCUCCCUAAAGCCGCCUCCUCCAGUCCCAAAGAACUGCCCUUAAAGCCAACCGACCAAUCGGCAGCCAAAGAGACUCCAGGUUCAGAGGGCGAGGAGAAUGAAGGCGUGGACGUCCCCGAUGGGAAAAGAUCAAGGACUCCUCCCCUGUCUCAGUGCCUCUCCGACUUCUCCUCUUCAGCCCUGAACUCCGAGGAGCUCCUUCCUUCCUCCCUGCCUUCCUCCUCCUCCUCUUCCUCCUCCUCCUCGCAGCAGAAGCUCUGGACCCCUGACUCGCAGCCCUCGUCCUCCAUCGACUCCCAGGAGCUCCUCCCAUCCGGAGUCCCCGAUCUGGAGCGCAGUGUCUCCGCAGAGUGGCGUCUUCCCGAGUCGUGUCUGGACCCCUGCCUCAUCUGUCAGUCGCGUCCGAAGAACGGAUGCAUCGUUCACGGACGCACCGGACACCUGAUGUCCUGCUACGUCUGCGCCAGGAAGCUGAAGAAGAGGAACAAGCUGUGUCCCGUCUGCAGGCUGCCCAUCCAGUCCGUCAUCUUCACCUACAUUUCCUGAGGAUUACAUUCAGAAGAGAGGUGCUGGGAUGUGUGUGUUGGACCCUUCCACAGAAACACACUGGGAUUUUUACUGACUCUUUCCUGCACCACUCCAUAAUUACCAAAUUACUUGUUGUAGUGUCUUUACUUCGGUCCGUGCGCACCCUCUAUCGCUUUAGGUUUCUGACAAUCUAUUCAGGAAGCUGGUUUGAUUUUAUUUUUUGUCAACAACCGCUUAUAAAAAGACCAACAUCUAAACAUUUUCUUAAAUUGUGGUUUUUUUGGACUUCCUUUUUCUGUGCGAGACUCAUUGUUUCCCACUGACGACAGAAGUGUGUUUUUCUUAAUACUUUGAUUUAAUUAUCAUCGAGAAAGUUCCUAUAAUUCUAGAGAACAAGGUGAAGUAUUCAGUUAGUUCAAAUGAAUCAGUUAUAAAACAGCAACAACUCAUAUUUAAUGGAUUAAUGAAUAUGUGGUGAGGGUGUAUAUUUUGGGGGUUUCGGUGAAGGUUUUUGGGAUAUAAACACACGCAUCAAUAAACUGAGGUUUGGUCUUUUUUUAAUGGUUAAUUGACAAAAAAACAACUCAUGAUGCUUAUACCUAAACGUCAAUUGAAUAAUUUCUCAUUUGGAAACCGUUUUUCUUUCCUUCCUCUCUUCUGCUGAACUGUUCCUGUUAGAUAAAAGAUGUGAGGAACACUCCAGAUGAGAAAGUGAAUAAUAACAUAGAUUUCUGUGAACAGAUGCUUAGCUAAAUGCAUACUUUAUUUAGUAAAGUGAGCAAAUAUACGUUGCAGAUUGUUCCUCAACAAAUCUGGAACUGUUUUAUUUUAUGGGUCUUUAAGGAUUUACUGGAGAAAAAAAAAGUAUUUGAAACGAAUUAAAAAGGAAAACUGAUUCAUUUACUGUAAAAACUCAAAUUAAUUUGCAUUUAUUAUACACAAAUAUUAUUUAUACCAAUGAAACCCCAUUGUUUCUUUAAAACGUAACACGUUCCAGAGUUAUUAUCAGAGUAUUUUUAAAAUGUUUGACAAAUUAUUCAGAAAAAUGGACUUUUCUUAAGGGCUGCAAUCUCCUUAUUAUUUCCUUGACAGUUUCCUCGAAAGAAAUGUAUAAUAUGUUUGUAAAAAUGUGAAUUUGUAUUUAAGAAACACUUGCAAUUGUGUUUAAUUUAUUACAUCUGCCAUAUAAUAUUUCGCCUUGCAGUGCACUGACCAGGUCUGUAUUCUUUCCAGGAAACUUACAAGGAAAUGUGUUGCCAUCUUUUUAUUUAUUCUGGGUUUGUUCAAGAGGCUCGAGUGAUUUAAAGCUAUGAGCAUUUAAAUAAGAAAAUGAAGAUAUGAGAUAUCUCUAAUAUUUUGCAGUUGAACUGAAUAAAAGCUCACUUCUGUUUACCCGAA